UACAGAGAAGGGGCGGGAUUUCCGGUGACCCUCGCGCGUCCUUCUGGUGCUGCUGAGCCGGGGUUGAGGAAGGCGCUUCGAGAUGGGGUUGAAUGAUGAGAAGGCGCUGGAGGGCCUGAGUGGGGAUCCUGAGGAGGAGGAGGAGGAGGAGGAAGAAGAGCUUGUGGACCCAUUAACUACAAUCAGGGAGCAAUGUGAGCAAAUAGAAAAAUGUGUGAAGUUUCGGGAAAUUCUAGAUCAGUGUGAUGCUCGAGUGUCAUCAAGAUCUCAUACAGAAGAGCAGUGUACAGAGGAGCUCUUUGACUUCCUGCACGCUAGAGACCACUGUGUGGCUCACAAACUCUUCAGCAAGUUGAAAUAAAUGUUCCUAUGAGCUGAACUGCUCCCCUCCUGCAUUCCUGAUGAAAUCCUGAGCAUUUCUGAAUAAACAUGCUACUUUACAUCUGUGGCUUGAAACUUGACAGUUGUGACUAACACAUCCAUCAGCUGUAACUAACUAUUCAGCAGUUGCAACCUGGAUUUUGCUAUAUUCUGUGGAAGAUGCAAGGCUAGCAGUAUUUCUGUGGCUUUACAUGUUAAACAUAUUUCAUGUAAAAUGUUUGAAUUAUUACACCAUGUUCUACUAUUAAACAUAUACAAAACUA